UUCAUUCGUAUUUUAGGUGGUAGGACCUGGCGGAUCCGGUCUCCGCGAUACGCUCGUGCCAGAGGUAUACGGCCAAGUCCCCCGUGUCUUCCGAUCAAAUGACGAGAUGCCGGCUGCUCUAUUUGCUCCUAUUAGCGGCCCUGAUGAUGAGCACAGAAGCGGCAAAGGGCGGUGGUGGUAGAGGGAGAGGCCGCGGCCGAGGAAGAGUGUUCGGCUCGCGGAUGCACAUCCUGAUACCCAAUCGAAAUCCCGCCAGCACGCACUAUUACGAGAACAAGGAUGGUGCCAAGAUCGUGAAGGCGUCCCACUUUGAGCUGGACUACAUGCUGGGCAGGAAGAUCACGUUCUUCUGCAUGGCGGUCGGCGUGCCGCGACCGGAGAUCACCUGGCUGAAGGACGGGAUCGAGCUGUACCACCACAAGUUCUUCCAGGUGCACGAGUGGCCGGUUGGUAACGACACGAUUAAGUCGAAGAUGGAGAUCGACCCUGCGACGCAGAAGGACGCCGGAUACUACGAGUGCCAGGCGGACAAUCAGUACGCCGUCGACCGCCGGGGCUUCAGAACGGACUACGUCAUGAUCUCGUAUUGAAAACGUCUUCCCCCGAGUUCACGGGUAGCUCCACGAUCCAGCCAUAGUAUUAGAGAACGAAUAAUACACCCAUGUGAAAAUAGAUAUAGACAUUUGUUAUCGAUGAUUCACCACGCGAUAGAUUUUUACCUGAUGCAACAAACGUUAGUUACCGAGGUAGCUCCAGUCUAGAUUGACGGAAAACAUUCUUUUUUUUUAUUUUUUUGAGAGAGAGAGAGAGAGAAAGAGAGAGAGAUCCAACUUUCUGCGUUUCGGUUCGGCGACGUUGAAAAUUGAGGUCACAUCAAUGUACCCUUUUUUUUCUUUUCCCUCCCACUGAUGCGACGGAAAACAGACCUCUUUCGGCUCGUCAGUGGGACGGUGCGAAGAUACGAAUGCAAAUCCGGCGGUUCCCCCCCAAUUCGUUAGAGCAUGAUUGGCCGUUAUAAAGGGUAUGCGACGCGAGGAACAUAUCGAAAAUGGCCCAUCACUGCGAAUUUAACAAGGCAAUUGGCAACGCGCCGCGCGAGAGAGCGGCAUGGAAGGGCGUGCACAUCGCUGCGUCGCCACCGACGAGCGCGAACAAUCUGUAGCACAAUGUGAAAUAAACAAUUUGCAUGACUACCGGUAA